AUGUGUAUUUACGAGUACUACGAAAAUCCAAGAGCUGACAUGGCACUACGAAGGUUGAACCUCGAAAGUCACUACAAGUUGUCCACUAGUCACCACAAGUUGUCCACUAGUCACUACAACUUGUCCACUAGUCACCACAAGUUGUCCACUAGUCACUACAAGUUGUCCCCUAGUCACUACAUGUUGCCCACUAGUCCCUACAAGUUGUCCACUAGUCACUACAUGUUGGCCACUAGUCCCUACAAGUUUUCCACUAGUCACUACAAGUUGUCCACCUCAGUCACUACAAGUUGUCCACCUCAGUCACUUCAAGUUGACCACCUCAUUCACUACAAGUUGUCCACUAGUCACUACAAGUUGUCCACUAGUCACUACAACUUGUCCACUAGUCACCACAAGUUGUCCACUAGUCACUACAAGUUGUCCCCUAGUCACUACAUGUUGCCCACUAGUCCCUACAAGUUGUCCACUAGUCACUACAUGUUGGCCACUAGUCCCUACAAGUUUUCCACUAGUCACUACAAGUUGUCCCCUAGUUACUACAUGUUGCCCACUAGUCCCUACAAGUUGUCCACUAGUCACUACAAUUUGUCCACCUCAGUCACUACAAGUUGUCCACCUCAGUCACUUCAAGUUGACCACCUCAGUCACUACAAGUUGUCCCCUAGUCACUACAUGUUGCCCACUAGUCCCUACAAGUUGUCCACUAGUCACUACAUGUUGCCCACUAGUCCCUACAAGUUGUCCACUAGUCACUACAAGUUGACCACCUCAGUCACUACAAGUUGUCCACCUCAGUCACUUCAAGUUGACCACCUCAGUCACUUCAAGUUGACCACCUCAGUCACUACAAGUUGUCCACUAGUCACUACAAGUUGUCCCCCUCAGACACUACAAGUUGUCCACCUCAGUCACUACAAGUUGCCCACCUCAGUCACUAGAAGUUGUCCACUAGUCACUACAAGCUGUCCACUAGUCACUACAAGUUGUCCACCUCAGUCACUACAAGUUGUCCACUAG